AGGUCUCUCCGCUGCUGGGGAUAUUCCACAACCCAAAACAGGUGGCCAGAGGUUUUACUGGUGUUGUUCAGCCAGUGACUUUAAUUCCAGGAGAUGGUAUUGGCCCAGAAAUUCCAGCUGCAGUUAUGAAGAUUUUUGAUGCUGCCUAAGCACCUAUUCAGUGGGAGGGGUGGAACGUCACUGCCAUUCAAGGACCCAGAGGAAAGUGGAUGAUCCCUUCGGAGGUUAAGAGUCCAUGGAUAAGAACAAGAUGGGCUUGAAAGGCCCUUUGAAGACCCCAAUAGCAGCCAGUCACCCAUCUAUGAAUUUACCGCUGCGCAAAACAUUUGACCUUUACACAAAUGUCCAACCAUGUGUCUCUAUCGAAGGCUAUAAAACCCCUUACACCGAUGUAAAUAUUGUGACCAUUCGAGAGAACACAGAAGGAGAAUACAGUGGAAAUGAGCAUGUGAUCAUUGAUGGAGCUGUGCAGAGUAUCAAGCUCAUGACGGAGGGGGUGAGCAAGCCCAUUGCUGAGUUUGCCUUUGAGUAUGCCCGGAACAACCACCGGAACGUCACGGCGGUGCACAAAGCCAACAAAGCCAACAUCAUGCGGAUGUUAGACACGCUUUUUCUACAAAAAUGCAGGGAAGUUGCAGAAAACUGUAAAGAUAUUAAAUUUAAUGAGAUGUACCUUGAUACAGUAUGUUUGAAUAUGGUACAAGAUCCUUCCCAAUUUGAUGUUGUUGUUAUGCCAAAUUUGUAUGGAGACAUCCUUAGUGACCUGUGGGCAGGAUUGAUCGGAGGUCUUGGUGUGACGCCAAGUGGCAACAUUGGAGCCAAUGGGGUUGCAAUUUUUGAGUCGAUUCAUGGGAUGGCUCUAGACAUUGCAGGCAAGGACAUUGCAGGUAAGGACAUGGCGAAUCCCAGAGCCCUCCUGCUCAGUCCUGUGAUGAUGUUGCGCCACAUAGGACUUUUUGACCAUGCUGCAAGAAUUGAGGCCGCGUGUUUUGCUACAAUUAAAGAUGGAAAGAGCUUGACAAAAGAUUUGGGAGGCAAUGCAAAAUGCUCAGACUUCACAGAGGAAAUCUGUCGCCGAGUAAAGAUUUAGAUUAAUGCUUCUACAACUGGUAUUUGCAUCAGUC